AAAGCUUUUAUUUUACAACAUAGUCAUGUGUGUUAAACAGAGUUGGUAUCAAACAAAAACAGUUCACUUUGCUGCUUCACCAUAGAUUGCAGUAUUCAAUUUUUCAUGGGAAACAAAAAUGAGGUACGAGUUGAAAUGGAACAUCCUGCAAUACUGCAAUGAAGAAGAAGAAGAAGAAGCUUUGGCAAAUCUUCUUGAAAAUGUCAUCUUUGACUCUGAAGAUAUUUACACACACUACAAGACAAAAGAGAAGAGCCUCCUGAAAUACCACAAGGACAAAAAAACUCCCCUGCCAAAUCUUCUUGAACUUGUCAUCUAUAACAUCAUAGUAUAGAUUCCAGCUGAUUAUCUUCAAAAGUACAGGUAUUUAUGCAAGUCAUGGCAUGAUAUAAUCUCUAGCAAAAUGUUCAUUGCCCAAAAUUUUAUUCACAGUAAAGCCGAAUUGCUGAUACCAGUCAAGAAACGCUCAUAUUUCAAAGCAACAUCGUUGAGAAUGGAUGAAAAAGAGUUUGACUUCAAGUUAGAUAAUUUUGGUUUGGCUCGAAUGGGAAGGAUUAGGUCUAGUUGCAGUGGAUUGCUUCUAAUUAAUGAUCCAAAAAUUGAAGGGAAGCUAAAUGUCAUCAAUUUUCUUACCAAGUGCAAGGCUAUUCUCCCUCAAUGCCCUUCCGGUUGCCCACAUAAAACAUGUGGAGUGGCGCUUGGAUUUAGCCUUUCUACCAAAGAGUACAAAGUGGUGCACAUUUAUGCUGAUGGUUUUGGAUAUGAGAUUUUCACCCUAGGUUGUUCCGAUAACAAAUGGAAAUGCAUUCCUGGUCCAUUCAAGGAGCCACAUGAGCGGCCUUUUAACCUUGACACAUUUCACUGGCGUGACCCUGUGUCAAUACAUGGGCAGGUUUUGCAUUGGUAUGUUAGUUCGAAGGAAUAUGUUAUUUCUAUGGAUGUGAAUGAUGAAACACCAAGGAAAACGUAUCUUCCAACUCCUGGAAAGAAGAUUGACAGGAAAAGAUAUUCUUUGUUGGAGAUGGGUGGAUAUCUUUCCUUUGUGUACAAUGUCUCUAAUAUAAAAAUUGAUGUUUGGAUUUUGAAAGAUUUUGCUGCACAGGUUUGGGUCAAGAAACAUAGUAUUCUUUCAGAGUCUGUAAAUUAUACAGUCUCGAAGAAUCCUUCAUUACCCAACAAAUACGAACAUUCUUUGCCAAAUUUUCACAAACUUGUUGCCCUGGCUAGUUUAAGGAAUGGUGAAGUAAUGAUGUUUAAGCAUGAGAAUUCCAAGAAUGAUGGCCGCAUCUAUCUAUAUGAGAUUAAGCACAUGGAGUUGAAAACGUUCAAAAUAAAUAUCAAGGAUGUAUCGAAGGUCGUGCCUCACAGAAGCAGCCUCGUUUGUUGGAAAACUGAGAGCGAGCUGUUGCCUAGAUAGAGGAUACAUUUAGCUAUAUUCUGCAUUAGAAAUCUACAUUGUAUGAUGUUAUUGGAAGAGCUA